UAUGGCCAUUAUUGAUCCCUUGAAGCCCAGACUGUCUGCUACAGCCACCAAACUUGUCAUCGCAAGCAUCUGGGUCCUCGCUUUCCUGCUGGCCUUCCCUCAGUGUCUUUACUCCAAAACCAAAGUUAUGCCAGGCCGGACACUCUGCUACGUGCAGUGGCCAGAAGGUCCCAAACAACAUUUCACUUACCACAUUAUCGUCAUCGUCCUGGUGUACUGCUUCCCCCUGCUUAUCAUGGGCGUCACCUACACCAUCGUGGGAGUCACUCUCUGGGGCGGAGAAGUCCCAGGAGACACCUGUGACAAGUACCAUGAGCAGCUCAAGGCGAAAAGAAAGGUGGUGAAGAUGAUGAUCGUGGUCGUGGCCACGUUCGCCGUGUGCUGGCUGCCCUAUCACAUCUACUUCAUCGUCACCGCCAUCUACCAGCAGCUCAACAGGUGGAAGCACAUCCAGCAGGUGUACCUGGGCAGCUUCUGGCUGGCCAUGAGCUCGAGCAUGUACAACCCCAUCAUCUACUGCUGCCUCAACAAAAGGUUCCGAGCUGGCUUCAAGAGAGCCUUCCGCUGGUGCCCUUUCAUCGAGGUCUCCAGCUACGACGAGCUGGAGCUCAGGGCCGCCCGGUUCCGCCCCACGCGCCAGAGCAGCCUGUGCACCGUGAGCAGGAUGGAGGCCGUGACCGUGGUGCUGGACCCCAGCGACCCAGAUGGCGCCAGAUCCACUCGGAAGAAGAGGGCGACCCCCAGGGACCCCAUCUGCAGUGGCUGCUCUCGCAGAAACUCCAAAUCUGCUUGCACCCCCUCGAGUCUCAUCAAGUCCCCCUACACGUCUGUGCAUGACUUUUCCUGAGCCGCGCCCGGCAGGCCCCCCGGACGGUUGUCUAGCGGCCCUAAACUUCCAGGUGCAGCCCAGUGAAAACACAGCUGGCGAUACCUGCAAGGUGUUCAUUUCUCCCACCCAGAAGUGAAUACGCAUCUGGGACAGUAAAAUGACAGUGACGUGGUUCUUUGAAAGGUGUAAAUUAUUUUCAGAAACGCUGAUGAAUGAAAAGUAAAUACAAAGAUCAGUGAGUCAUUUCCUCAGUAAUAGAGUAACUCAAAAGGAGGGGAGAAAACUUAUGGCCUGAAUGUUAUUUUGUAAACUGAAAACUUACAUUUAACAAAUGUUCUGUGUAAAAUGGCAUCGAAAAAAAAACGAGUCCCAUCGAGUGUGUACACACGUCAUUCUCUGAUCGUUGGAGAAAGCGACUUCACAACUGGGAAGUUACUUUCUGACCAUUCCAUAGUUUAAGAACAUCACGCGAAUACAGACUUAGGACCUUAGGAGACCAAAUUCCUACAGUCCUGUUGUUUCAGACAUUUACAUCCCUGUGAUAGGCGCAGCAUAAAACAGUAGAAAAGCCUUGUACUUAAAAGGGGAGAAUCCCAUUUGUCUCAGAAACUGUUUAGUUUUUGCCAAAACUGCUGAAGACUGAUUCCCAGUGGGGAAGGCUGACGGGAGCGCCUGCCAGACAUGUCCCCCCUGGGGAAGGUGAGGUGCGUUGGGUGCACCCUCCCCCUAGCCCCGCCGACAAAGGAGUAAGAACAGGACGUAGAAGACGACAUUAUGCCAGGCCUGAGGGGAAGAGCCAGGCGUGACCAGGCAGCGUGGCGGGGGCACAGCAGGCCUCGCAGCAGGCGAGCUCGCGCUACGUCCCUGCAGGACUGUCCUCCCGCUGCUCGUUCCUGGGGCCAGGCACGCAAGACUCCCUAGAGGGCUUCAGGAUUUAGAUCCGCACAGAAAGUAGUACUUCUUGUCAGAGAAAUUUAAAAGAAUCAAAAGGCCUCGCUUUAAGUAGCCCUGUCUUAAGAGAAAUAAAAAUUUUCGUCUUUUUACACCUAGAAGACGUGUUUUGAAAUGACCGGUACGGGGGUAAAAAGCAAACCUGCCCGUUGGGGAGUCCGCCUGACAGCAGC